UCCCGGUUUCUCUUUCGGAAUAGAAAGGAUUAAGGGAGCGAAAUGGCACAAGAGUCAGCAGGAGCUAUGGAUCUUUCACAGCCUGGUGAAGUAGUCAAGCCUUUUACACCAGAAGAAGCCAAAGAAAUUGUGAUGUCUAUGCAGAAACCUGCUGUAUUCUACAACAUGGCUUCUGAUUGGCCAGCUCUUCACUGGAAUGUUACUUACCUUGCCAAGCUGUUGACAGGAAAAAGAAUCCUUUUUAGGGUAGGGAUGAAGGACACAGGCACAGCUCCUCAGUUUGAAACUGAGUGCAGUUAUGUGGAAGCUACGCUUGAAGAGUUUCUGGCCUGGAGUUUAAGAGAGCCUUCUUGCUCUUCUGGACCAUUUAGUGGUUAUGACUCAUGUAAAUACUGGACCUACGCUGACUAUAAGUAUAUUGCUAAACUAUUUGAAGACAAUCCGGAACAAUUCAAGGACGUGAGGUGGUCUGACUUUGGAUUUCCUGGAAGAGACGGAAGGGAGAGCACUCUGUGGGUUGGCUCAUUGGGAGCAAACACUCCUUGUCAUUUGGAUUCCUAUGGAUGCAACUUAGUGUUGCAACUGCAAGGAAGGAAAAGGUGGCAUCUGUACCCACCUGAAGACUCAAGUUUUCUUUAUCCUACCAGAAUUCCUUAUGAAGAAUCCAGUGUGUUCAGCAAAGUCAAUGUAGUCAAUCCUGACUUGAAACUCUUUCCACAAUUUAAGAAAGCACAAGCCCAUACAGUUACACUCAAUCCUGGACAGAUCCUGUUUGUUCCCAGGCACUGGUGGCAUUACGUAGAAUCCCUUGACCCCAUCACUGUGAGCAUAAACUCCUGGAUUGAACUGGAUACAGAUCAUGAGGCUCGUGUGGAAGAGGCAAUAACUCGAACACUGAUAUGUGCAAUCAAAUCUGCAGACCGCCUCAGUGCUUCCGAGUCCUGGCUCAAUCCCACAGAGAUUGAAGUGACAUCCCAUGAAACCAAUCUUCAAUACUUAAAUGCAGCUAUGUCUGCAUAUCUAGAAUAUCAGAAGAUAAAUAAAAUCGAACACAGAGUCCCUGGAACUCAUAAAACUGAGAGGACUUUUGAAGACUCACAUAAAAGAAAAAAAGUCCAAGUGAAUGCAGAAGAGAGCUUCAAACUGAUGCCCUAUGAAUCUAAUCUUGCAGUCAUCAAAACAAAAAAGUUGGAAAAAAUCCCCUUUGGACAAAAUCUCUUUAAGGUUUUGCCUCAGUCUCAGCAAACAAACCCAACAGGAACCACUGACUACAAAGCCUUUCUCAGUGAAACUGAAGGACACUUUGGAGAAUUGCACUGCACAGGGACAACAUCUGUAUUGAAUAACGAUUCUGCAGCAUUUGUAGAUCUGAAGGAUCCAGGCGGUAUUGCCGGCUCCACACAAGCAGUCAUUUGUACAAAUGAUUUGCUAGAUUGUGUGCUAAAUCCACAAGUCAUCAGUUUAAUGGUUCAGCUUUUGUUGGAGAGAGUGAGGCUUGUUUAGCAUCGGCAUACUUGUCGUCUUGAAAAUAAAGACCUAAUGAGAAA